AGCGCACAGGCGCCAGUGUGGCACUCACAUCCAUCAGCAACGUCACCGCCUUCUUCAUGGCCGCGCUCAUCCCCAUCCCCGCGCUCCGGGCCUUCUCCCUGCAGAAAAUCCAGUGCACUGUGUUCUUUCAAGGCAGCUGUGGUCGUGGUGUUCAACUUUGCUAUGGUCCUGCUCAUCUUCCCUGCCAUUCUCAGCAUGGACCUGUAUCGGCGCGAGGACAGAAGGCUGGAUAUUUUCUGCUGUUUCACAAGCCCCUGCGUGAACAGGGUGAUCCAGGUGGAGCCGCAGGAGAAUGCCUGCUUCCCGCCCCCGCCACCCUACAGCAGCCACAGCUUCGCCCACGAGACGCAGAUCACCAUGCAGUCAACGGUGCAGCUGCGCACCGAGUAUGACCCACGCACACACGUGUACUACACCACGGCCGAGCCUCGCUCCGAGAUCUCCGUGCAGCCCGUUGCCCUCACACAGGACCCCCUCAGCUGCCAGAGCCCCGAGAGCACUAGCUCCACCCGGGACCUGCUGUCCCAGUGCUCAGACGCUGGCCUGCACUGCCUGGAGCCACCCUGUACCAAGUGGACGCUGUCCUCCUUCGCCGAGAAGCACUACGCCCCUUUCCUCCUGAAACCCAAAGCCAAGGUGGUGGUGAUCUUCCUUUUCCUGGGCUUGCUGGGCGUCAGCCUUUAUGGAACCACCCGAGUGCGUGAUGGGCUGGACCUCACGGACAUCGUGCCCCGAGAGACCCGAGAAUAUGAUUUUAUUGCUGCACAGUUCAAGUACUUUUCUUUCUACAACAUGUAUAUCGUCACCCAGAAAGCCGAUUACCCAAACAGCCAGCACCUGCUCUAUGACCUCCACCAGAGCUUCAGCGGCGUGAAGUACGUCAUGCUGGAGGAGAACCAGCAGCUCCCCAAGAUGUGGCUGCACUACUUCCGGGACUGGCUUCAGGGACUUCAGGAUGCAUUCGACAGUGACUGGGAAAUGGGGAAAAUUAUGCCGAACAAUUACAAAAACGGAUCAGAGGAUGGGGUCCUGGCCUACAAGCUCCUGGUGCAGACCGGCAGCCGUGACAAGCCCAUUGACACCAGCCAGUUGACGAAGCAGCGCCUGGUGGACGCGAAUGGCAUCAUUAACCCCACGGCUUUCUACAUCUACCUGACUGCAUGGGUCAGCAAUGACCCUGUGGCCUACGCCGCCUCCCAGGCCAACAUCCGGCCACACCGCCCGGAGUGGGUGCACGACAAGGCUGACUACAUGCCAGAGACCAGGCUGAGAAUCCCAGCCGCAGAGCCCAUCGAGUACGCCCAGUUCCCUUUCUACCUCAACGGCCUGCGCGACACCGCAGACUUUGUAGAAGCAAUUGAGAAAGUCCGGACCAUCUGCAACAACUACACGAGCCUGGGCCUGUCCAGCUACCCCAAUGGCUAUCCCUUCCUCUUCUGGGAACAGUACAUUGGCCUCCGCCACUGGCUCCUGCUGUCCAUCAGCGUGGUGCUGGCCUGCACGUUCCUGGUCUGUGCUGUCUUCCUCCUGAACCCCUGGACAGCUGGGAUCAUUGUGACCGUCCUGGCCCUGAUGACAGUGGAGCUCUUCGGCAUGAUGGGUCUCAUCGGGAUCAAGCUGAGUGCGGUCCCUGUGGUCAUCCUCGUGGCCUCCGUGGGCAUUGGCGUGGAGUUCACUGUGCACGUGGCGCUGGCCUUUCUGACCGCCAUCGGCGACAAGAACCGCAGGGCGGUGCUCGCCUUGGAGCACAUGUUCGCACCCGUCCUGGAUGGGGCCGUGUCCACUCUGCUCGGAGUACUGAUGCUUGCGGGGUCGGAGUUUGACUUCAUUGUCAGGUAUUUCUUUGCUGUCCUCGCCAUCCUGACGAUCCUGGGUGUUCUCAAUGGGCUGGUUUUACUUCCAGUGCUCCUGUCCUUCUUCGGGCCAUACCCUGAGGUAUCCCCGGCCGGCGGGCUGAGUCGGCUGCCGACCCCGUCCCCCGAGCCUGCCGCCAGUGUGGUCCGCUUUGCUGUGCCCCCGGGCUGCCCACACGCAGGCUCCGACUCCUCAGACUCGGAGUACAGCUCCCAGACAACGGUGUCGGGACUCAGCGAGGAGCUGCGCCACUACCAGGCCCAGCAGGAGCCACGGGGCCUGGCCCGCCGCGGGGCCGCAGAAGCCCCUGAGAACCCUGUCUUCGCCCGCUCCACCGUGGUCCACCCUGAAGGAAGGGCCCCCCCCGCCCCGGAGGGAGCCCCCCCGGGAAGACCACCGUGCCCAGGACCCCGGAGCGCCCGUCCACACCGGCACCCCACGCCCGGCUACUGCCCGCCCUUCGCCACGGUGACUGCCUCGGCCUCGGUGACAGUGGCUGUGCACCCGCCUGGCCGCGCGGCCCGGGGAGGCCUGUGUCCCAGCCACGAGGACUGUUCCCAGGCUGGCCCCGGGUGCUUCGCAGACCCCCACGUGCCAUCCAGCGUGCGCCGCGAGAGGAGCUCCAAGGUCGAAGUCAUCGAGCUGCAGGACGUGGAGUGUGAAGAGACCCCCCAGGGACACAGCUCUGGCUGA